AUGUUCGCGGAACGCGCCAUGGCGAACGCGGAAAUAACUCCGACGCUGGAAGAAAGGCGAGCGGGCAUCAACCUGAUGGGCAAGAGGUUCGAGAACCUCGAAGGCAUCAGCACUGAGUCGGUCGAUGCGGAUGGCGUUCCGGCAGAGUGGGUAUUAGCGGAAGGUACUGGCAACGGCGUGAUCCUUUACCUGCACGGAGGCGGAUACGUGACAGGCUCCGUGAUAAGCCACAGGGGUAUGGCUGCGAAUCUGUCCCGGACGAGCGGUUGCCGCGUGCUAAAUGUAGAUUACAGGCUUGCGCCUGAACAUAAGCAUCCCGCCCAAGUUGAGGACGCGCAUACGGCUUAUCGGUGGCUGCUGAACAAUGACAUUGAUUCCUCAUCGAUUGUGGUUGCAGGAGAUUCCGCAGGUGGCGGACUUACGGUAGCAACUCUACUCUCGGUGCGAGACGCGGGCGACCCGAUCGCAGCAGCAGGUGUCUGCAUGUCGCCGUGGGUCGAUAUGGAGGGCAUCGGCGAUUCCAUGACUUCCAAGGCCGGCAUAGACCCAAUGGUUUCACAGCAAGGGCUGUUGGAAAUGGCGGGACACUUCCUCGGCGGGGGGGAUACUCGGGAUCCGUUGGCUGCACCGCUCUAUGCAGAUCUCGCAGGGUUGCCGCCUCUGCUCAUCAUCGUAGGCACAGCUGAAGUAUUGCUGGACGACGCCGUGAGACUACACGAAAGGGCAGAGGCCGCAGGGGUGGACAGCACGCUGGAGGUCUGGGACGACAUGGUGCAUGUCUGGCCGUGGUUCGCGCCAUUUCUGCCGGAAGGUCAGCAAGCGGUAGAUCGCAUGGGCGACUUCAUAAAGGAACAAAUCGGCGUUGCGGUUAGCCCAGCAUAA